UUAGAGACUAUGACCUCAGUUGACCUGGAAAAAAGCUGUAGCUGUCAAAAGAGUUGUGUAUUCAUUUCUCAUAACAGCAAAUGAUUUCAGAGCAAAAUGACGCCUAUAUCGGCGAGUUUUGGACUUACCCUGGUGUUAUGGAUUAUACCAUACUCUGAACAACAUCUGAAUUUGUACUUGGACGAGAAAGAAACCUCAAGAUUAUUGGGGAUUCCAAAAGCGGAGUUGUACUAUGUACGGAAUGGGAUCCUCAACAAGUAUGCCCUGUCAUUCAAUAUGCCGAUCCCACCUCAGAUAGACUCCAUUUUCUUCACAUGGCAAAACUUGAGACCAAAACGACCAAAGCCACCAGAUCAGAAUAUGAUGUUUUACAAGAUGAGGUUCAAAGUAUCUAACCCGACCGCCAUGAACAUGCCAGAUCCCAGCAUAGCUCCCGACGGUGUCGUGCCAACAACUCUAUCUACAUUUAAGAUAAACUUUCCAUGCACGGGUGCCGUCACAACUGAGGUUGACGUGAACAUACAGAUGAACAUCAGCAUUUUCUCUGCGUCCAAUGUUACAGUCCUCGACUUUAGACGCAAGAAAUUCUGCACCAAAGUGGACACCUACCUGUUCCAGGAAGUACAGUCAACACCGUCCAGUCGUAACCUUCACCCUAAUCUUCAUCCAGGCAUCCUGAACAUAUCCCACAAUGUGUCACCAGAAUAUACAAAGCGUGUUGAUCAACCAGACGAUAAUAAUGGAUCCUCCACGCACAUAUUCUACAUUGCUGUCGGUUGUGUUUGCGCCUUCAUUAUUUUCGUGGCUCUGGCAGUGGCCGUGUACUACGUCAACUCGCAGAAAUCUACGAACCGAGCCUAUGCUGAAAGAAUUAGUGACACAAGCAGCUCCCAAGCGCUGACUCAACAAACACAGUCCUUUCUCAGAGCAGACACACCAAAUAAAAGUUUAGCAGGAUCUCACUCUAUUCUUUCAGUGAGAAGCUACCCUCGGGGAAUUUCCCCGAUACCCGAAUUACGCCAACAGAUACCAGCGCCCCCUAUAGAUCCAUAUGCAAUGUUACAAGAGAUAGCUAUAGACCGAUCAAGAAUUUCAAUGUCAGAAGUUAUCAUGGAAGGAACAUUUGGAAAAGUUUCCUGUGGAACAUUAUUAAGUGAAGAAGAUAGUCAAGUUGCUGAUCAGGAAAUAUUUGUAAAAACAGUUACUGAACAAGCGCGGAGUGACCAGGUGCACGUGUUUCUUGUGGAAAGCUGUCUUAUGAAAGGGUUACCUCAUCCAAAUAUUCACCCAGUCAUAGGAGCAUGUAUUCACGAGAAAUUACCACCCUAUAUUAUAUAUCCAUAUUCCACAGAAGGAAAUCUUAAAAAGUUUUUACAGAAAUGUCGAAUUUCUGACUGUAACUCUCAUUAUUCAUUAUCUACUCAACAAAUUGUAUACAUGGCGAUACAGGUCAUCAGGGGUAUUCAGUUCUUACAUAGAAAGAAAAUUGUACAUAAAGACAUAGCAGCUAGAAAUUGUGUUGUUGAGAGUGAUUUGAUAGUCAAGUUAACGGACAAUUCAUUGGCGAGAGAUUUGUUCCCGGGAGAUUACAACUGUCUAGGGGAUAAUGAGAACCGGCCGGUAAAAUGGCUGUCAAUAGAGGCAAUAACAGAGCGGAGAUUCUCACCUCCAUCUGAUGUGUGGUCAUUUGGAGUAGUAUUAUGGGAGUUGGUGACGUUAGCCCAGCAGCCGUACCCUGACAUAGAUCCAUUUGAGAUGGCUGCAUAUCUUCACGAGGGAUACAGACUGGCACAACCACCCAACUGCCCGGAUGAAAUGUAUUCUGUGAUGGCAUGCUGCUGGGCAAUGAAUCCCGAAGAACGUCCCAAAUUUUCUCAACUGCUGGCAUGUUUACAAGACUUUUACACAGCUCUCGGUAGAUUCAUCUGAACAUGUAGAAUUCCAUAUAUGUUUGUUAUGUGCCAGUUAUUCUUAUUGUGUGACAAAAUGAAACUAAAAAAUUUGCGCCAGUAUUUUAAGACAAGACAAAGUUUAAAAUGUCGGAACACACGUGUUUCACUGUCUUUGAAACGUGGGAAAGUACAUAGUACAUUGUGCAUGUUUUGCCAUGUUUAAAGUGUGAACUAUUGCUGUUAAGCAAAGGUGAACUAUUGCUGUUAAGCAAAGGUGAACUAUUGCUGUUAAGCAAAGGCAUGGGCCAGAGUUUGAAAAUAUUUUUUAUAUUUUGAAGACAUCGACAAAGGGUACUGAUCAGUUGUUAGAUGACUUAUGUAGGUCCAUUGUUUUCCUUAGAAGGUACAAAGGUGAUGCAGCUUCGGAAACGUGUUGUAUUUGGGAUAUGUCAGUACAGAAAUAGAAAUAGAGUGUAACUGAUUUCAGUAGAAUAAAGGGAAAGGUCUGUAAAAUGUGGCAUUCAGAAGUGGAUAGAAAGUGACAAUAUCUACGAAUUCAAGAAGAUACAUAACUAAAUGCUGCUUGAAUGAAUUAUUUGGCCUAAAGCGUCAGAAAGCCCUGUACACACAGGUUAUAUUUAUUUGGCAAAAAUUAUUAAGUUAAACCAAUAUGUAAAGGGCAUGGAAUUUUUGCAUAAAGAGAGCUCUAUGUAGAGGAAAAACAAUUUCAACCUCAGAGACCUAUAAUAUAUAAGGGCAUAAAUUUUGGCCUAAAGAGUCCUGUGCAUAGAUUGCAUAACAAUAUGGCCUAAUAUAAGUUACAUAUAGAGAGAACAAAUGAUGGAAAUGGAUUCUGAGGUUUGGGGAGAAAAUCUAGCUCAGAUAAUUUGAGAUGUAAUACUAAGUGUUUAUAUUUAGACAGUUAGUGUCUAACAAUAUUUUCAUUUCUAGAUGCGUGCUUGCAUAGUUCCAGUAUUCAUAUUAGAAUCUUAUCAUACAUUGCCUGAUUUUGAUAGGCUUAUAUCUAGGUAAUUAUUUUGUGUAAUGCAUUAUAUUUUUUAUCAAGUGUUCAAGUAUUUUUUCGUAGAAUCCAGGUUGUGUGAGCAAGGUAUUUCACUAAUUAUUAUUUUCAGUGUCAAUUUAUUUUACCUCGGAGUAAUGUUUUGUAAUUGAAACUGAAUUUAUCUGUGUUUAAAGUGUUCUCCAAUCAUGUAACAGAAUGAUAUAGGAUAAAAUAUAGCCCCCUGGUGCAUCCCUGGAAAUAAUGUAUAGAGGGAUAUGAGAUAAAUUGCAUAUUUGUGAGUUUUGGGUAUUAAAUUCUCAUGAUUGUUGAAAUAGGGAAAAACUAAAAAUUUAUUUAAUUGAGCUUUUAAUGUUUUGGGUUGUGUUUUUUUUUUACAUACAAUAAAAUGCAUGUUUCAAAGUAUUAUUUGGUAUAAAUGCAGUCAGACCUAUCAUCAUAGGGGAUUUUUUUUUAUGAAAAAAAGCAUUAAUUGAAAAUAUAUCACAAUUUAAACAAAAUGUGCACUUAGUCCCAAUUUUUGAACAUUUACAGUGCAAAAUAAUAUUUUUUGGGGAACCAAUUUGUCAAUCAAGUAAACAUUUUAGACAGGGCUUACUAAAAAUUGAUAUGUAAACCUAAUCAGUUGAAUGGAAAACAUUAUUUCAUGUUGUAUUGCUGUUGAACAUAGGCACAGAUUGUGAGUUUUUACCUUACCCUUCCUAAUUGUGUUGCUUCUAAAUAAAAUAUUUUUGAUGAUAUCUUGGUUAAACUCCAAAGAUGAAAAGAGAUGUAACAAGAAAUUAGAUUUAUUUUUGUAUGAUAUGUCGGUUGAAUUUAGAUCAAGUUUUGAACUUAUUUUACCUUUCCCUACCCUACCCGUUUUUUUAGCAGUGGCAUUUGAAUCAAAUACAUUUCGGCAUUGAUUAUACAUUGUUUUUUCUACUUUUUACCUGGGAUAUAAUGUAAAUGGGACAAGAUAUUUCUGACAAGAUGAGUGAUGCAUAGUAUUUAAUUCAUAUACUAAUACUGUUGAUACUUUUUCAUGAUACCAUAUUCAGACCAAACAGAUACAAAGGACUAUAAAAACUUAUAUGCCAGUUAGUUUAUAUUUCACUAAUAUAAAAAAUUUACUACAGACAUAAAAAAUCAUUUCACAAUGACCAACAAGGUAAAAUUGUGGUGCAUGCAUCCUAAUAGACAAAAGGCUUAUCUGUACUUAUCUCCAGUUGCUUUGUCACAAAUAUAUUAUAACCCAAUUUUUUUUUUCUAGAGAAAAGUGUGAAAUACCUGGAAACAAAUGUUAAUAGUUUCUUCGUUGUCAUACCUUGCUUAAUGUUACUGCUGAAAAUUCAUUUGCUAAGUGCUCUUUUUCUUCUUACUGCUGACUUCUUUACUAAUUGCUUAAUUCAAAGAGAUUAUAUGUAAAUUCUAUUUGUGACUUUAAACUUUAAAGAAGGCAUUAACUUAUUCUUGUUGUCAAAAUGUACAACCCCCUGAAAACAUGUUUAUGAUAGAGUUUGUACCCGUAUAUUUUUGUAUGAGUCUGUUUGUGUGAAAGUACAAGAUAAUAACGGUUUGAAAAUUUACUGUUAAUUCUGUAUAUCAGUAUUAAUUUCUAGAUUUAUCCUAGUAACAAUAUCUUUAACAUUUGAUGUUCUGUGAGAAUGUGGAAGAUGCUCUACAUGACUAUUUUGAUGAAUCGGUGCAAAAGGGACUUAACUCAUUCAUUAUGUACUAUGAGUUACAUCUGUUUUGCACUGAACCCUUGAUUUGUACUUUUAUUAGAUAAUGUCCUGUCAUGUUGAUCAACAUGACUGGUUAAAUUCAACUGUUGCGUUUUAGGGUAAGCAGCAAAGAAAAUGUUUUU